AUGGCCGGUCAACAUCAACAAUACUCACCACGAUAUCCUAGUCUAUUAGUUACAUUUAAACAUAAAUCAGAAGAUAGAAUAACAUCUGACACUUAUUCCAAUCCACGAACACGUCGAUCUAAAGACAAUUAUUAUCCAUUGUCUUUUCAAUCAAAAAGUGUCUAUUUUAAUGGUAAUCAUCGAUACCAACAGCCACAACAUUUUAUACAACGACCGCAAACGCCACCACGUCGUCAACAACAACAACAACAGUUUUAUAAUAAAUGUGAUCGUAUUCAGCAUCAAUAUAUACAACAACAGCAGCAACCUAUACGACCAUUAAUGGAAAUCAAAGAUAAUUCAUUUCCCUUACAUAAUGAUAUUGAUUAUGAUAUUGAUGAUGAUGAUAAUGAUAAAUCUUGUCGUACUGUUCCACAAAAAGAAGCGAAACAACAACAACAACAGCAGCGUAGUCAAUAUCGUAACAGAAAAGCUGAAUUAGAUUGGGAUCAUGCAUUUGAUUUAGAUCUUAUUAAUUUAUAUACAACACAUAUUGAUACUGACAGUCAUUCAGUAACAAGUACAAUAAGUUCAACUGAUACUUCAUUUUCUUCUAUCUAA